UUAGAAACCAUCAUGAAACUGGAUACAUGGUUUACAGCGGGUCACUAAUGUUGGAAAAAGUACAGAGUCCAGGGAAAGACCUGCUUGUAACUUUCUGAAUUCUGGAUUUUUUUUUCCUUUUUUCUUAACUUUCACUAAGGGAAUAAGGACUACUGUAGUCUGAUGUGUCCUUCCCAAGGUCACAAAAUAUGACAAACUGCACUUUUUCUUGGGCUCGAUGAUUUCUGCCUUAAGCCAAAGGACUGCCUAUAAUUUCACUAAAAAUGUCUUCUAAUUUGGAUCCUGGGGAUUUACCAGAAUCUCUAAAGCAUGGACUUACACCUAUUGGACCUGUGCCUUGUCUUGAAAUGCUUUCUUAGGCUUUCGGACUGGAAUUUCCCUCCGAACUCCCAGGGGCCUGGCAAGAGCUCUGAGUUCCAGCUUCAUUGGAACAAGAAGGAAAAAUCAAGCUUUUCCUCUUUCCCCCGGGGUAGCCAGCUGACUCCACCGAAUGCCGUGAUUGCUUUAUUUAUGGGCCGACUACACCCUAAAGUAUAUCAGUUGAGGAAAUGUUUCCCAAAAAACAUUCUGUACUGAACGAAAAAGAAACACGGGGAAAGCAAGCAGAGUGCAACAGAGAACUAACUGCUCUGCAAAUAGCAAAGAAAAUACGCACAACAGAGGAGCUGGGAAAGAAGGAAAAAAAAACGAUUUCAAAUCGUUCUCUUCGGGCAAAACCGCCACAGUGCACCGACCGGAGUCUCUGCUGCAGGGAACCGCGCUCUGCGUGAAUCAGAUGGGACGACUCCGGCUCGCACCGAGAGCGCGCUCCAGCCGCAGACGGGACGGCGCGCGCACGCGGAGAAGCGCGCUUGGGGGCUCGCGCGCGCGGGGGGGUUGAUCCGUGCUACUGCCGCGCUCAGCUCCGGCUGGCAGCAGCCCCGAGACCGGAGCAAGGUCGCGAGACCACCCACGUGGAUCCAGGGCCGCGUUCCCCAGUCCACUUUGCACUUGUCUCUGCUACCGUGGGAGAACUGUUUUCACCGACCGCAACAGCACAUGCUACGGUGGAACCGAGGCGGGUCCAUCUGACAGUAAAUAGAAAAAACCUGCAGGUCUGAGAUCAGCACUGUCGCAGAUGCUCUGGAACUGGCGAAUUGUCAGUCUAACCCCGAGGGGCUGCUGGUACUGAGCCUCCAAAACAGUACUGGAAAGAGGCGCUCAUCAGACCUCAGCAAGCUAACCCCAGUAUCCCUAAAGCUCUCUAGGUAAUUCCUGCCACCAGAUCCCAGGAUGAAAGAAUUCUAGUUAAUUCUCCGGUGCAAAGAAACAUUUCUCUGGAUCUUGAUUGUAGUCACCCGGCCCAGCCACACUCCCUAGUCUUUCUCCUGAUAUUGCAGUCCCACAGGGUUGAAAGGUGCUCCCACUUGUAAUAUCUUAGUGACCUGAAGGUGGCUGCUGGCUCCUAGACUCCAUCUGUUAACUGAGUGGCCUCCAAAAAGUGUUGACAGUCAUUUCUGAGAUUCUUGUCUGGACAGAGCUGUCCAAAGGGCUGAGGAGCUGUGGUGGAGUCUUCAGAGCUCUAACUGUUGUACUGAAGCAGAGUGACCUGGUUCCUGAAGGACGGCUGUCUUUUGGUCUUUCUGACCCCCCAGGACAAGCCCACUUUGAAGAACCCAUAAUUGUGGCUAUAGUAUCUGAGGUUGCUGGGUAGCUUUGAGGUGGCAAACUGAGCCCAGCAUAGGUGCUGGGCUUCCGGACCGAUACCGACUCCCCAUUCCCGCCCUCGGCCGCCUUGUCAUGCUGCCCAAAGUGGAGACGGAAGCCCUGGGACUGGCUCGAUCGCAUGGGGAACAGGGGCAGAUGCCGGAAAACAUGCAAGUGUCUCAGUUUAAAAUGGUGAAUUACUCCUAUGAUGAAGAUCUCGAAGAGCUUUGUCCUGUGUGUGGAGAUAAAGUGUCUGGGUACCAUUACGGGCUUCUCACCUGUGAGAGUUGCAAGGGAUUUUUUAAGCGAACAGUCCAAAAUAAUAAAAGGUACACAUGUAUAGAAAACCAGAACUGCCAAAUUGACAAAACACAGAGAAAACGUUGUCCUUACUGUCGAUUUCAAAAAUGUCUAAGUGUUGGAAUGAAGCUAGAAGCGGUAAGGGCUGAUCGAAUGCGUGGAGGAAGGAAUAAGUUUGGACCAAUGUACAAGAGAGAUAGGGCCCUGAAGCAACAGAAAAAAGCCCUCAUCCGAGCCAAUGGACUUAAACUGGAAGCCAUGUCUCAGGUGAUCCAAGCGAUGCCCUCUGACCUGACCAUCUCUUCUGCCAUUCAGAACAUCCAUUCUGCCUCCAAAGGCCUACCUCUGAACCAUGCUGCCUUGCCUCCUACAGACUAUGACAGAAGUCCCUUUGUAACAUCCCCCAUUAGCAUGACAAUGCCACCUCAUGGCAGCCUGCAAGGUUACCAAGCAUAUGGCCACUUUCCUAGCCGGGCCAUCAAGUCUGAGUACCCAGAUCCCUACACCAGCUCACCUGAGUCAAUAAUGGGCUAUUCCUAUAUGGAUAGUUACCAGACAAGCUCCCCGGCAAGCAUUCCACACCUGAUACUGGAACUUUUGAAGUGUGAGCCUGAUGAGCCUCAAGUUCAAGCCAAAAUCAUGACCUAUUUGCAGCAAGAGCAGGCUAACCGAAGCAAGCACGAAAAGCUGAGCACAUUUGGGCUGAUGUGCAAAAUGGCGGAUCAAACCCUCUUCUCCAUUGUUGAGUGGGCCAGGAGUAGUAUCUUCUUCAGAGAACUUAAGGUUGAUGACCAAAUGAAGCUGCUUCAAAAUUGCUGGAGUGAGCUCUUAAUCCUCGACCACAUUUACCGACAAGUGGUACAUGGAAAGGAAGGAUCCAUUUUCCUGGUUACUGGGCAACAAGUGGACUAUUCUAUAAUUGCAUCACAAGCCGGGGCCACCCUCAACAACCUCAUGAGUCACGCACAGGAGCUAGUGGCAAAACUUCGCUCCCUACAGUUUGAUCAGCGAGAGUUUGUGUGUCUGAAAUUCUUGGUGCUCUUUAGUUUGGAUGUCAAAAACCUUGAGAACUUCCAGCUGGUAGAAGGUGUUCAGGAACAGGUCAAUGCCGCCCUGCUGGACUACACCGUGUGCAACUACCCCCAGCAAACAGAGAAGUUCGGGCAGCUACUUCUGCGACUACCCGAAAUCCGGGCGAUCAGCAUGCAGGCUGAGGAAUACCUCUACUACAAACACCUGAAUGGGGACGUGCCCUACAAUAACCUUCUCAUAGAAAUGUUGCAUGCAAAAAGAGCCUAAGUUAUGACCCCUAAGAGUUCUGCUUCCAGAACACAAAGAGAUUUGAGGGAAGGGGAAAGAACAGGAAGAGGAAAAAAUACUCUGAACUGCUCCAAGCAACACUAAUUAAAAAACUCGGUUAAAGAUACUGAAUUUUAAAAGGCAUAAUAAUCAAAUACUUAAUAGCAAAUAAAUGAUGUAUCAGGGUAUUUGUAUUGCAAACUGUGAAUCAAAGGCUUCAUGUCCCCAAAGGAUUCAUGUGAAAGACAUUGUUAACGGAAUGGAUUUGAACUCACAGAUGGAUUCCAACACUAUGUCAGAAUAAAAAUGGACAGAACAAUUCUUGUAUAUUUAAACUGAUCUCCACUAUGAAGAAAUUUAGGAACUAAUCUGUGUUAUUAAUUAGGCUUAUACAGUGAGGGAUUGAGCUUACAGAAUUCCUCCCUGGUGAAGCUGAACUGAAACAAUUCUCAAGAAUGCAUCAGCUGUACCUGCGACAGCCCCUCUCUCUUCCUUGGAAGGCCUCGCACCUUCUGCCCUGUGAUCACCAAGUCUGUACAAAGGACCUAUGCUCAGCCACGCCCAUUAGUAGCUCCACUAAAUCAUGAAUUCCAAAUGUCUGUGUCUUAGACCUGCAAACCGCUAAUAAGAACAGUCUAUAAAUAUGUCAGCUUGCCAUUUUAAAUAUGUUCUCAAGUUUGUUUUGUCACGUGUUCAUGAUUUUACAAAGAGCAGGCAGUAUCCCUCUUCUAUCUUAUAUAAGUAUUCAUGAAUAUUAAGGGAAAUGACUACAAAUUUUUUAAGCAAAUGCUCCAUAACUAAAGCAAGUUAGAUCUUAUUUCUGCUACUGUUGCUGAAAUGUGGCUUUGGCAUUGUUGGACUUCAUAAGAAUUUCUGGCUGAAAGGCUUUUUAGGCUACAUUUGCCCUUUUUAAUCAUAAAGGUUUGUGGUUCAUUUUUUAAAAAAUACAGCAUUAAAAAUCUUUUGCUGGAAUGUCAAAUAGUCACAGUCCUAAGUAGUUGAACAUAAAAAUUGAAGCAUGUCAAGCUAUGAAAAUGAAAAGGAAGGAGAAGCUGAUAGAUUGGUUGACACAAGGUUCAUUCUAGUUGCCACUGAGCAUCCUCUAUCUUGAGAUGGGAACGGUAAUUUUUGAAUACAGCCUGGAAAAAUACUACAGUCAUUUAAAUCUUCCCCAAAGAGGAAAGGAAGAGAGUGAUACUGACCUUUCUAAGUCAUAGACCAAAGUCUGCUGUAGAACAAAUAUUGGAGGACAAAGAAUUGCAAACAAACUCUCCAAACAAUGCCGUCAGUAUUAUUAACACGCGAUGCCACAGGUAUGAAAGUCUUGCCUUAUUGCGCGAUUCUGAAAGGUAGCUGUGCAGAUGUGGAUCAACUUUAAAAUAAAGUAUUAAUGCUUUUAAAGUCAGAUAAAAUAUAGUGUUUACAUUCUUUAGGUCCUGGGGGUGGGUUGGGCGGGGAUCAUGAUAUUACAGAAUAACAGAAGCAGUAAUUUCUUUAAUGUUAUUUUUCUGAUUCGUAAUUAUUUUUAACAGGAUUUAAUUAUUAUAUGUCGUGAGACACUAAAAUCAAAAACGGGAAUCUCAUUUAGACUUUAAUUUUUUUGAGAUUAUCGGCAGCACAAUCACUUGUAGAAACUGUAAAAAAAUAAAGUAUCUCCUAGUCCCUUAAUUUUUUUUUUUCAUAAAUGUUUCUGGCUUUUGAAUAGUUUAUUUAUAUUGUAUAUCAUAGUUUCAACUGUAGACAAUUAUGAUGCUAAUUUAUUGUUCUCAGUUUCACCUUUGUAUAAGAUAUAGCCAAGACUGAAGAAACCAAAUACAUGUGUUUACUGUAGCAUGUCUUCAAGUUAGUGGGACAUAGUUCAGGGACAUAGAAGGGUCUUAAUGAAUUAAAAUCAUCCACUUGAUUAAAUGUCUGUAAAUCUUCCUAAUUCUUACUGUAGUUUAUUUAAUAUCUAUUGUAAAUUAUGGGACCUGUAGCUUCCUCUGUUUUCAAGUAAAUUUAACAAGGUAGAGUCUUACCCGGUUUUCCUUUCAAGCAUUGUAAGUCGUAUACCAAAGAUAUUAGUUAUGACUUCAGCGUGUACAAAGAGAAUUAUUUUAUUACUUUUAUUAAUCACCUUUAAUGCCCGCCCACCCGAAGGGUGCAGGCUAGCAAAGCCCAGCCUCGACUUGUGCCGUGUCUGUCACCUAUGUUAUCUUCAUGGCCCAAAGAGCAGUGAAGAAUCGCUGGCCAGAGCUCACAGCCAAAGCACCCCAGAGCUCGGCAGCAUCACUGCUACCCCCAUUCAGAACCAAGUCAGAAGACACGUGGAGGGGCACAGUGGUGUGGACAGUCAGGAAGUGUUCCAUCCCUUGUGUGUGUGUGUGUGACAAAUAGGGCUGGGGAUGUGGCUCAGUGGUCCAUGCCCUUGAGUUCAAUCCUCCAUGCACCCCCCCCCAAAAAAAAAAAAAAGUCAAAUACAUUCACUCCUAUCAUCCAUGUUUCUUCCUACUGAAUAGUGACCCUAAAAAAUGUCAAAUUUUGGUAUGUUGUUAACCGAGUGGAUCACACCCUGGGAAUGGUUAGAAAGAGACCAUAUGGAGUUACGUCCACACUGCUGGUGACAUUGAGGACAGAAGCUGAUAAACAAGAAAGCACCACAGCCGCUGGCUGUGGCCCAUCCAAAGUUGGCAGAUGCCAUUUUUCUGAUGUUCAUUGUUAACCAGUUUGUAACCAGACAUCCAUUCAGCCAACUGCCUUAUCUAUUACAGGACUUAUUAGUAAAAGCAGACUCAAAUAUAAAGGUUUUUGGCUUAGCUUGGUUUAUUAUAGCUGGUCUAUGUUUGUAAACAUGCAACCUGUAGCGUCCUGAAUAUUUGUGUUACAGAUUUUCUGCGGCUGCCUUGGGCUCAAAUCCAUGCCAUGUUUAGAGUGUGGAGUCGGUUACUUGUUGACGUUUUCUUACUGUAUCAGUGAAAUACAUAUUGUCAUGUCAGUUCUUGCCAGGAAUUUCUCAAUAAAGUGGAUUUUUUUUUCAGUAUUUCAAUAAAUAUUGAUAUGCCCAGCCUGAUAACUUUUAAAA